AUGCCGUGUUCAAAGCGUUCCUCAGUCGGAGUCAAAUAUUACAGCACUGAGAGUGAAUCCAUCCAGCUGAACCCUUCCAAGAUCGAUCGGUUCGUUACUCCAGCAAUGGACAUGGAAUUGCAAUCUUGCCUAGGACUCCGAAAAUUUCGAAAGAUAACGCUUCUUGAAGCUCGAAGUCUCUCUUGGACCAAUGAGCUGGCAAAAGAAGGAGAAACGCCGCGAAGAAGCGUAACUCGGGAACAUCCAACACCGAUUAUCGCAUUCAUGCAAGAUGUCAUUGCAACGACGGGAGCUUACCGACAUAUUGAUCUUCCCUUGCCAGAAAAACUUCGUACGGAAAGCGAUGAAACUGAAAUUGAAGAGGGCGAAGAUGGUGAAGAAGACAAUCAAGAAAACUUGAACACGAUGAAAAUUCAUCCCCAUGAUAUCUUGACAAUAGCCCUCCAGAAUUCUGAGCCAUCGCUUCGCCAACUCUUGCUUGGUCGUCUCUUUCAAAUGGGUCAUGGGAUGCCUGUUGUCCUGCCAGUCUCCCCACUCGCUACAACCGGUGAACUGAGGGGGAAAAAUUUGGAACUGCUGGUCUGGGCUCUUCGAAAUACUGAUGUGAAGUACCGUGACCUUUAUCACUCGUUGGUUGAAUUUCAAGCUCAAUUUAUCGGCUUCAUCCGUGUUGGGAGCCUUCACGACAAUCUUUCCAAAUCAAAGGUAAUCAAUGAAGCAUUGUUCGAGAAACACGACACAUUCUUCCAUUCAGAAUUGCCAUUCGGAGAAGCCAGUAGACGAGUCAGCAACGGAAUUAUUGAAAUGGCUUGGGCGAAAAUUUCCGUGUCUCCUGGAAGAGAGACGAGGGAUUCAGAUGAAAGGGGAAGUGUUAAACCAGUCUUCAUCCUGAAUUUGCGGGGAGAUGCAGCCUUCUAUCCUACACAAGUCCAACUCCUUGGAAAGAUAUGCUCACUUGUCGUUCUGUUUCUUGGAAAUGACCCUACACAGUCCUUGGAAGAAGGCGACCACGCCUUAAGCGAAGUCGUGUCAGGUCUGACUUACGCGAGCGGGACAAAAGGGGCUCGUUGCACUAUUUUGAAAGAUAGAAGACGCGCCUUGCCUAAUAUCGAUCGCCUACGCAGGAACAACCCAAACAUGAAGUUUGUUAAUCUCCAGAAGGUCAAUCACCCGAUCAAGGCGGUCCGAGACGAGGUUUGCGAGGCAGUAACAAGAGCCAAGCGCUCAAAAUCGCCCACUAAUGCCACCGAUGUUGAAAUGUUAUUUGCCUGGAAGGAUGUGGAGGAGAUUAUUAACCCGACUAACUCCGUUGAUGACGUCUUUCGAGGAGUAGCAAUUGACAUGGAUUCCGAAGCAAUCGUUGAACCAAGAGCCCUUGCAGAAAAAUGCGUGGCAGAGUUUACGAGAAGGGAGACAGGGUCCAGAAAAAAGGAAUGCCUGCCCUUGAGCACAGGAGUAUUGCCAAAUUACGCUAAGAACGAGCAAGACAAAAGAAAACAAAAUGUUAUCCACGGCAGAGAUAUGGAGGAGAGGCAAAAGUCACUCCGAUCGAAACAGGUUCGCUACAUUAAAGAUAAGCCAGGGAUAUCACAAAAUCUCCUGAAUUUUGUGGAAACCCUAAGUCGAAUGUCAGCUGAGCAAAUUACUAAUAGUCUUUUUUAUUUGAGGGCAAAAUUGGACAACUUGAGUACUCAGGCUCUGAAUCCAUUACGGGAGAAAAAAUUGGAACUUCUCAACAUUUCUGCCAAAAAUGAUGACAUGGAAAGAAGAAAUGAAAGGAAGCUACGACUUAUAGAGGUAGAGAAGAAAAUGCGGCAGUCAUCCUUGGGCAUAGAAAACAUUUUCAGAGAGUUAGCUCAAAUUUACGAAUGCCGCAUAGGCACUGAUGAUAAAAGCACUGUUUCUGGUCUUCCUGAAACAAUGGCUUCAAUGAUACUGGAUGGAAUACCAUUGGAGUUGUUGGAUGGUGAUAAUGGCUACAUCCCUAUGACUUGGUUGAAAGCUAUCUUCAACUGCAUGAAAAGCAGAGUACGGAAGAUUUGGGUGCUCUCAGUGAUUGGCAUUCAAAGUUCCGGCAAGUCAACGAUGCUCAACACAAUUUUCGGAUCGGACUUUUUAGUUCGAACGGGAAGUUGCACGAAAGGGGUCUAUAUGCAGUUUUUCCCCUUUCAAUGUUCGAAUGAAGAAGGCGAGUCACCCAAGGACUACUUAGUCCUCCUUGAUAUAGAGGGAUUGAGAGCCCCCGAAUUUUCAGACGAUUACUCCGGAAGGCGAGAUAAUGAACUGGCUACAUUUGCCAUUGGACUGGCUGACCUGAUUCUUCUCAAUGUGAUGGGCGAAACGCCAUCAGAUUUGAAAGACUUUCUGCCCACUGCCCUGCAUGGGUUAAUCCGAAUGAAUGAAGGCAAAAAAUCUCCAAACGUUGUAAUCAUCCAUCAAAAUGUGCGAGAAGACGCACAUAAGUCUCGCUUGCAUGGCCUGAAGAAAAUGCAAGAGGUCCUAGAUGAAAUGCCGGUUGCUGCGGCAAAAGAAAAGGACUUGCUUAAAAAAGUCAGAAGAUUCUAUGACGGCAUGAAAUUAAACUUGACAGAAGAUACGUACUAUUUCCCAUCUUUGCUACGGUCCGGUAACCUUUGCAUCCACUCUGAAGAAUAUGGAUGCAAAGCGAAACAGAUGAAGUCUGUCAUCUUGGAGAAGCUCCGCGUCUUCAGUGGCAGGAACCUGAACAUCUUCAGUCGACAUCUGGAGAAGUUAUGGGAAGCAAUCAUGAAGGAAGACUUCGCCUUCAAUUUUCGCAAUGUCAUGGAAAUGGUAGCCUAA